UUCAACCAGCAGACAGAAUGCUGGGUGUGGCGGGCCAUGUUUCGCGUGGCGCCGGGCUCGGAGUCGCUUGUUCUGACGAAGACGCUAACGCCGGAGUAUUACGUUGGUGCCGCGUCGUCUGCGUCUACUUUAUGGCUUGACGAUCAUCCUUCAACUACUCGUCUUUUCUACUACUUGUCCGAUCAAAGAAAUCAACGAGGUUUAUUUAUGGCUUGAUGGCCCGACAGUCGCGCCUCUGUGCCUCUUUUCGGUGUCUUUGAGUAAUUAGAUAUGUAGGGAAGCCCACUAGGGGGAGCUAGCUUCGGACUAGCCUGCUCAUUAGGAUAAUCUAACCAAACCGGCACAGGAAUUCCAUCAAUCCUUCUAACACUCUGCAGCAGUGCCUCUGGCAAGGAGCUCCGCCCCGUUGCAGAGUUCUCGGCUUCGAUGCUGGACUUCAAUAGUGAACAAAGAAAGCGGCUUCCUGACGUAUCUGCGCAACCGCCAGCGCUUCAGGGGAUUUCGAUCGCUUCUUCCGCGGGCGUCGCCGCGCGAAUCUCUUUGCGUGAGAAGUUAGAGGAGGAGCGGCACCAGCACUCGCUGCAGCGGGCCACCUUUCUCAACCGCUUGCCCUACCGGGGAGAGGUGGAGAAGCUAUUCCCAAUCGCUGGCACCGGCGCCCCGGCUUGGGUGGGAGUGGCGCUCCAGAAUACCCUCUACAUGGAGUAUCUCAGUGGAAGAAUAGUAAAGAAGGCGGACGGAGCGAAGCACCA